AUGCCUCACAGCUGCCACAUCCCGAACCUGGUCGGUUACAGCAUAGAUGGUGGCCGUCUGAGGUUCACGGGUAUCCUCGGUUCAGGGUCGAACGGUGUCAUUUUCCUUGCCGAGGACAUCACGACUCCGGCACCGCACGUCGAGUACGCGGUCAAGUGUGUCAUCCGCGCGGAGAAGGGGACUCGACGGUAUGGUCUCCAAAAACAGGAGGUCGUGUAUCACCAGCGGCUGUCCGCACACCCAAGCAUUGUCACGCUGCACAACGUCAUCGAAGAGAAGCAUUACACCUUCCUCAUCAUGGAUUAUUGCCGCGGCGGCGACUUCUUCUCCUAUCUUUCGCGACGCUCAACGUAUCGCGGCGACGACGAGUGUGUGCGGCACAUGUUCCUCCAGGUACUCGACGCGCUGGAAGCCUGCCAUCAGGUGGGCGUGUACCACCGAGACAUAAAGCCGGAGAACUUCCUUCUCAACGAGGACUGCACCCGCUUGUAUCUCGCCGACUUCGGGCUGGCCACAGAGAAUCUGCUCUCCGCAACAUACGGAGCCGGAAGUUCCCUCUAUAUGAGCCCAGAGUGCAUAGGAUCCGAGUCAAUCCGUCGCGCGUAUAACACGCGCUCCAACGACAUCUGGGCUCUUGGCGUCAUCCUCACUUCCAUGAUCUCGGGGCAUAACCCCUGGAGCAACGCUUGCGCAUCGGACGCGUGCUACCGCGUGUACCUCAGGAACAACAACUUCCUCCGCGAGAUGCUUCCCAUUUCCGAAUCCGCGAACACACUUUUGCAGCGUAUCUUCCGCCGCGAGUCCGCCCGCAUGAUCACCAUCGCGCAGAUUCGCACUGCGGUGGAGAACAUGGACACGUUCUUCAUGCAUCCAGAGGAGAUCGCGCGCGGAAACGACUACCUCAGUUCCUUUCAUUUUUGA